UACGUCAAUACCGUUUUGACGUUUGACAUUUGAGGUUAGAUUACACAUUAGUCAUAUUUUAAUUUUAGAGAAAACAAUUUUAUGAAGCAGAUAAGAAUUUAAUCAAUACUUUUAUUCUGUUAAUUUAAUGAGAAUUUAUUUAUUCAAGAAUAAAAUUUCUUGGAAAAAUGAAUUCAACGCCUAAGGCGGCAGCUGGACCUGCUCAGGAGUUUAGUAUACGAGUUCCAAAAAAUACAAAGAAAAGACACAAUGUGAUGCGAUUCACCUCAACAUUGAAUGUAGAUUUUACAAAAUGGGCACAAGUGAAAAUGGAGCGAGAAAAUAAUUUACGAGAAUAUAAAGGUCAAGAUGAAGAUACUCCAAAAUUUGGUGCUGGUUCAGAAUUUGGUCGUGAUGCAAGAGAGGAGGCUCGAAAAAAGAAAUACGGAAUCAUAAGCCGAAAAUACAAACCAGAAGAUCAACCAUGGAUUCUUAAAGCUGGUGGUAAAACUGGAAAAAAAUUCCGUGGCAUUAAAGAAGGUGGAAUUAGUCAAUAUGCUUCUUAUUACAUUUUUACUCACGCUCAAGAUGGAGCUAUUGAAGCAUUUCCACUCAAUGAAUGGUUCAACUUUCAACCAAUUCAGAGGUACAAGACACUCAGUGCCGAGGAAGCGGAAGCAGAAUUCGCUCAUAGAAAUAAUGUGAUGAACUAUUUUUCCUUGAUGAUAAGAAAAAAAUUGAAAAACGACGAAGAAGGCGAAGAGGAUGAAGAAUUGAAAGAAGAUGGUAAAGGUAAGAAGGGUAAUAAAAAGUCGAAGGAAUUUGUAAUUUCCGAAAUGGAUGAAUGGAUGGAAAGUGAUGAUGAUAGUUCGGAUAGUGAGGAUGGCGAGAACAAGAAGAAUUCUGAUGAUGAAGAUGGGAAAAAGAAUAAAAAUACAAAGAAAAGUGAUGCAAAAAAGAAAAAGAAUAAGAAAAAGAAGAAGGACGAUUUUGAGGAUGAUGAUCAUGCAUUUGAAGAGAGUGAUGAUGGCGACGAAGAGGGUAGAGAAUGUGACUAUAUGUCAGAAUCCAGUGAAUCAGGAUCAGAUUUAGAGAAGAAGAAAGAAAUUAAGUCUGUCGCCGAGGAAGAUGCUUUACGUAAAUUAUUAGUUUCCGAUGAGGAAGAUGACGAUGAUGAUGAGGAGAAAGAGAAAAAGGAGUUUGACGAGGACAAAAAUGAAGAAGACGGAAAUAAAGAGACCGAUAAGGAAAAGGACAAGUCGACAAAAGACGGAGAGAAACGCAAGGACAAAAAGAAAAAGAAGAAGAGUAUUCAGAAGAAGGAUGCGAAAAAAUCAGCACCUGGAAAGGAUUCGUCGAGUGAUUUUUCCAGCGAUUCAGACUCUGAUUCCGAUGUGCCUAAAGAAAAAGAAAAGGAUAAAAAGACGAAUAGUGCCCAUAGUUCCAGAUCAACUACACCAACUCCAGCAGCUUCCACUUCUGAUUUAUUGAAAAGAAAAAAUAAUGCCUCGCCAGAUUUAUCACAACCGAAGAAAAUGAAACUUGAUAAUUAUACUUCGGUUUCCACGCCAUUCACACCUAGCUCCAGUGAAUCAGGAAUAACGGAAGAGGCAGUUAGACGUUAUCUCAUGCGUAAACCAAUGACAACAACGGAAUUACUACAGAAAUUUAAAUCGAAAAAAACUGGCUUAACAUCCGAACAAUUAGUUAAUACAAUGACGGGAAUUUUAAAACGUAUUAAUCCAACGAAACAAACAAUUAAAAAUAAAAUGUAUUUAUUUAUAAAAUCACAACCUAAUUAGUUGACCACGCGCAAUUUAUAGUUUGAAAGGUAAAAUAAUAGCAAUAAGAAGAGAGGAUCAAUCAGUAUGGGAGAGAAGAGCAGCCCUUGCACCGGCGAAUGUCCGACGACUUGUUCGCUCCGGAGUGAAGGUGAUUAUACAACCGAGCAAUCGAAGGGCUUAU